AUGUCCUCAUUUUUCUCGAAGGUUUUACGACGUAAACGAGACGACCGGGAAGGCUCUUCCCCCUCGGAAGGCGAACUAUUGGGUGGAAAGUUCGAAGAUGUGUCGCCCAAUGUUUCUCCGAGUGCGGUGAACUUCCCGGAACUCAUGACGAACGGGCCAAUUAGGGGAAGAGAACGAGCAAGGUCCACAGACAAAGAUCGCACAUUGAGGACGCUCUUCAGGUCUAGAUCUCGAGCAGCUUCACCCACUAGGUCCCCCCGUCGAAGGGAAGAAACCCCACCAUUACCCCAACUUUCUUUGAAUUUCUUUAACGACCCAACUUACGAACCAGUUUCACCAUUGGACGACUCGCAAUUAUUAUUGUCAGAGUCAACCAUCGGUGCACGACGAUUGACGCCCGUGGAGGCUCUGGAUUUGAUACGCGCAUGCUCUGAAGCUAUCGCAUUCCGAGGGAUUGACUCCCUUGGAAUCAUGACCCCACACUGGUAUUCGGCUUCUCCGGAUAUUCAACGCAGAUUAAUCUCUCUAUUCAUUCAUUCAUUGACUUCACAAAGCCCACUAUCCGCCAUCCCUUCUUUCGAAUCCGAAAUCAACUCUACCAGGUCCCCACAUGAUGUCGCAGCCGUUUUGCGCUGGGGGUUGCGUCACCUUCAACUCGAGGGCGACACUUUUGGAAACCAUCCUCAGUGGUACAACACUUUCUUCGCUGCGGAACGAAUGGCAGACCACCCUCCCAAGGCAUUCUCAGAGACUCUGGCACCCUUAAUCCCGCCCACUCACUUCAAUUUGCUCAAGCAAGUCCUCGAAAUCUUUUCAUCAUUCACAAUUUACUCCGAUACCAACAGUACUUCUGGAAGCAAGCUGUCCAAGGUCUUCGGCCUGUGGUUGCUCAACGCCCAUCGCGUUGAAACCAAUGACGAUUGGCAAACUUUCUAUGAUCGUUGGGAAAGGACAGGACGGCAACUGGAACAUUUGUUUUUUGCUCAAAUACGCGACGAGGGAGCUCAUCAUCGCGCACCACUCCGGUUGCUCCAGCUCGUCACGCGGUACCCAUACUACCAAGAUCCUUCACCGGCGACGGACCUUCAGUUGUUACCGCGACCGACCUUUACUACGCGCCUCUUCGACGCUCUUCUCGUACGGGUUAUGACGGAAUUGCCCAAUGAAGGCCUUCGCCCCAAAUCCAAUGUGCAUCCACUCCGUGUUGUUGCUGAGGCACUCUCGGCAUCCAGUUCAGAAGGGGAGCUGGGAAGCGUAUGGGCGAAAAUCGUGGCUACGUCGAAAGUCGAAGGGACUGGUACUCCACUCGCGCGAAUUUUCUCCGAUGAAACCAUUCGCCUUUUGGCCCUUGUACCCGAUGAGGAAGAAACGGAUCAAAGUAUCCGCUCCCCGACUGUCGCGUUGCUCCCCCUUUCCCCCAUUUCUCCCAGAGGCAAACGCAGGUCCUUCUCGCUGAGCGAGUUCACAACAGGCCUACAACGAUCCACCUCCACGCAGAGCCAAUCGACCGACGAGGCGCCUACCACUGCCAUUACCGAAGAUUGGAGCGUCUUUUCAAGCGCCGGCUUUAGUGCAACAUCACCAUAUACCCCCCUGGCGUCUACGCUUUUCGGUACCGAUAUCGAACGGACGUCGCCUCCCCCACCUUCUCGACGGCCCAGUCGCCAUGGAAGAUCUCCGUCGACGACCUCUAUCCCUCGAAAGAGUGUCGAUUUCCACCCAGAAACCAGAGAAACGAAAGGCCCCGCACAAGCUGCAGACCACCACGUUGAACUCCAAUCGAGAAUCGCCUCCGUCCAAAUCGUCCAGCUGGAUGAAGCGUUCGUCGACUUCUGGAGUGAUGCUCUCCUCGACCCAAUUACUUCCAACUGGCCUUCAUUCGUCGUCUGCAGGAUCCGACCCUCCCUUGUCCCGGAACUAUCGUAUGGCGAAGAAGGAAAGCAGAAGACUGUCGAGUGGGUUGUACUUGAGCAGGCGUUUACCGUCAAGCCUCCACCCUCGCCUACCUCUGUCCCCCUCCCUCCAACCCCUACUCAGGAACCACAGGAACGUCCGGUUUCUCCAUCUUCAAUGAGCAAGAAGCGAUUCGCAUUCUGGUCCACCUCCCGAUCCAGCUCGUUUUCAUCUGUCGUGUCGUCGACAAGGGGCAAGAAGGACAAGGAACGCGCCCUCCGCGUCAGCGAGAUGGGAGAGGUGUUGGAAGAAGGUGACAACGGAGACGAGCAAGGUUCUGCACCGCUGUCGAGAGCAUCGACGUCUGCCGCAAGGCGGGAUAGGGAGAGGAAGCGAGACAGCGUGGUUAGGGUUAGAGUUCCCUCCCCCAAACCGCGCAAGUCGACAGACGUCCCCAGGAAGUCAAUCGACGCGGGUAUCGCCGCUUCAAAAGCUAAGGACGAAGAGAGCAAAGUGCCCGUUGUCGCUGCCGCCGCCACGGCCGCUGCCAUUGGAGGGGUUGCCACGGCUAUUGCGCUUGCCACGUCGAGCGAGGAGAAACACGGCGAUCCAGAGGUGGUGGAGGAGACGAAGGAGGAGACGAAGGAAGACGAAGAGGGUUCCAAGGGCGUCGCAGAGGAGGGAGCACAGGGGGAGCCCAAGUCCAUUUUCACGGAGAAGUUCAGCAGCGAGGAAGUCACACCGGAGGCCGACGUCGAUUCCAAGGUCGAGGAACCCCCAGCCGUUUCCGUUGAAGUGGUUGCAGAACCCAAAGAACCUGAGGCUCCCGCUACUCGUUCUCUCGAUGUUGUCGAAGAAGAGCCUGUCCAAGAGAUGAACCCUGCAGUACCCGUGGACCACGCCUCCCAGGAGCCCGAGGUCGUCAAGGCGGGCACUUCAGAAGGACCCUCUGUUGUCGAAGAAACUGCAAGCCCCGCCGCGGUUACCGAGGUGAAGGAAGAGACUCCCCCUGCCGCUCCUACCGAGUUUGAGACAGAGCCGCACGAAAGCGGAACAACGGCUACCCGUGCUCUCGUCGCGGAAGAGAAGGUGCAUGUUGAAGAACAGCAAUCCCCCUUACCUGCGGAAGAAGUGGUCCAGGACACCCAGGUCGCACCGCCAGCUGGUGAAGAGCCCGUGACAGUCGAAGAGGCUACCAUCCCUACCGCGGUGGAGGAAGUGGUGGAGGAAGAUGCUAUUCUCGCCCCCGUAGAACCAACGGACGAACCAGAAGUCGAGCAAGUGGCAUCAGUUGUGUCCAGCGACGGCGCCAUCGCCACCCCCGGUCAAGCUGAUGAACCAAUCUUGCCAGCCACCUCCACUUCUGAAGCUGACGCCGCACCCGCGGUACCUUUAUCCCAGGACGACACUCCUGUGGAUGCAGCCGAGGCUCAAGGACCCCAAGAAGACGAACACCAGGAAGACAUCUCCCCUAACGUUGCCGACGAGUCCCAAGACCCCGACCCAGUGCAGCAUUCGCCGACUAUCGAAGGACCUUCUUCGCCACAGAACCCUGUACCCGAUGCUGCUGCUCCAGAUGUGCACGCGACCACAGUCGUUGAUGAUGAGUCGACUCCAACCACCCCCGACGAAACUCAAGAGGCUGAGAUCGAGGUCGAGACACCGGUUGACGUUCAAGCUGCAGAUGGGGUCCUCCCGCCCUCUGUAAGUACCGAAGAGACGGCACCCGCAGAAGAGGUUGUUCCGUCGGUGGCAGCUCAAGGUGAAGUCGAACCGCAACCCGAAGAAGCCUCCGUCGUUCCUGAGCCCAGCACGAUCGUCGAAGACGAUGGUGUACCACUGCGUGCCAACGAAGAGCCUGAGCACGCGCAGCCUUCGACUGUCGAAGAAGACAGGGCGAUUCUCGAACCCACUGAGCCAACAGAAGAGGCACACGCCCCAGCUGAACCUAUCGAAGAUGCUGCUGAUGACACACAAGACGUUCCGGUGCCCGGCGUUAGUCUCGAGGACCAGGAGCCAACAGUUGAAGCCGAGCAAUCUGCCCCAGCAGUCGACGAGAACGCACAACCCAUCGAAGCCUCUGCCAUCGACCUUGCCGAUGAUCAGGCCUCCGAUUCGAAUGUGGAACCUGUGGCAGCAACGCUUCAGGAGGAACCUUCUGUAGUUGAGCCUGAAGUGGAAGUCCAGGAGGAAGAAGCAGUGGUUUCGGUUGUCGAGGAAUCCGCAGAUGACCAACCAAAGGAGGAAGCUGGUGACGCCGUCUUAGAGGCUGGUCAAGAGGAGAGUACGGAGGAGGCUGAGCUGAAGACAGAGGAAACGUCUCAAGACCAACCCGCUGCGGAAGCGCAAAUGGCCGAAACAUCAGACGAGGUCCUCGAACCCAGCGCAACGAUCGAGUCUGCGGAGGUCGCGAUCAUCGUCGAAGAUGUUCUUCCCACCGAGGAGCUACCUCAAACGACAGCGUCUCCAGAAGACGACGCGAAAGCAGAGCUCGAGACGACCGUCCCGCUUGCAGAACCCGUCGACGAUGUUACUCCCGUCGCAUGCGAACUUGACGUCGAGGCGAAGGAAGAAGCUGACGUCCCAUCUAGUGUCUCCCAGGACGAAGACAAGGACGGGGCUCCGGCGAUCGAAGCUGUGGCUGAACCGGAGGAGAAGGGCGUGUCGGGCAAAGAAGAAGCGAUCGUGGCAGCGCCUGCAGAGAGCCCCGAUGAUUCUUCCGCAGACCAGGUCGCCGCUGACACAGAAGGAAGCCCCGAUGCUGGCCCUUCAGAGGAACCAUCCACAGUCGAAGGCGUUUCUCCUGUGCCGGAAGAUGUCCGCCCUGCAACGCCCACCGUGGAUGAAGAGCUCAAGGUCGAACAGGCCUCCCCAGUCACUGGCGCAACUGAAGGCUUGACUGAGGCAACAGCUGACGUCGGCGUGGAAUCGAAGGAUGAAAUGCCGAGUGUGGACCCUAUCACCGAACCGUCUGGUGGCGAGCAAGCAAAGGAAGAAACGGUCCAGGCCAUUGUCGAGGCUGAGGAUGACGUUGAAGCCAAAGUAGUGGAGGAGGGAGAGGAGGUCGCAACUGAAGUCCCCGUCGUUAGUGACGAUGAAGGCAAGGUGGAGGUACCGGAUGUUGAACCCGAGGUCGAACUCAAGGAAGAACCUGUGGUCGAACAUGCCGCAGAAGCCUCGAUCGACGAAGACUCUCUUGCUGCAACAGAAUCAGCGCCAGCCCCACAAGACUCGGUCGAGCAGGCUGCCGAACCCACUGAAGAGUCGUGUCGAUCCUCCCCGUCGCCAGAUCCCCAAGAAGGCCCAGCUGCUGAAGUCACUGCUCCCUCGAUUGAAGACGUCGAGCCUGUGACGACCACGGUUGAGGAGACCUCCAAAUCGGAAGAAGAGACCAGUUCCGUUACGGAGGUGGUCGAAGAUUCGCCUCAGGAACCUCUACAGGAAGAUGAAGCCCCUGUCGAGGCGGAAGAGCAACCUGCAGCGGAAGCCAUCAUCGCCGGCCCUGAUACAGACGUGGCCCCUAACGAUGAGGUAGCUGACUCUACCACUGUCGAAGACCAGGUGGAGGCGGAAGCUCAGGUGGAAGAAGUGGAAUCGUCGGUUCCAGUCGAGGAACCCCCAGCAGUGGAAGGCAAGUGUAAUGCAUAG